CAAACACCAAAAACGCGUUGACGAGAGAGCGGGAGAGUGAAAGUGUGUCAGCAUCAAGUUCACGACUCUCGUUUUAACCAUAACACUGCCACAGAGAAAUUCAUAGAUAGAGAGAUGGAUCCGCAGCUAACGGAGGUUUCUCAGCAGUUCGAGAGGUUUAAAACUGCUUUUGUAAGAAAAUAUUUCGAAUUGUGUACCAAUUGCUUGUCUCAGCUUAAGGGGAUAUUUAUUGAGUAUGCUGUUGUUCUAAGAGUAAAAACUGAGGAUCAGGACGCGUUCGAGAGAGAUUUCUUCCAGUUGAAACCGUAUUAUGUUGAUGCUAGGAGCUGUCUUCCGCCCUCUCAGCAAGAGAAUCUAAUCCUUGGUCUGAACCUACUGCGACUGCUUGUUCAGAACAGGAUUGCUAAAUUCCACACGGAACUGGAAUUUUUUUCGUCUGCAACCUUGGAGAAUCCUGCAUCAACCAUGCUGUGGAGUGUGGAGCUCGAGCAAUCUUUCAUGGAAGGUGCCUAUAACUGUAUGUUGAGUGCUAGACAGACCGCACCUGAUGACACUUGCGUCUAUUUCAUGGAUCUCUUGGCAAAAACCAUAAGAUACGAAAUAGCUGGAUGCAGAGAGAAUGCGUACGAUCAUCUCUCAAUCAGUGAGGGUCGUAAGAUGUUGUUACUCUUCUCUUUUGAUCAAGAACUGUUAACAUAUGUUAACGAAGAGCACCCGGAGUGGGCAGUAAAAGAUGGUAUAGUUGUGUUCCAAAAAGCCAAAGAAACCGCACCGUGCAAGGAGAUACCGUCUCUGCAACUCAUCAACCAAACCCUCAACUAUGCCAGAGAUCUCGAGCUUAUCGUGUAAUCCCCUACUCUUAAAUCUUUCUUAGAGGGUCAUAAACUUUGUUUAUCAUGUAUGACCUACACCACUUAUCCACUCAUAAGUAAUUAUUAUUCCCCAACCAAUUGAUUUGAUGAUUCAUGGGACAGUUUUGGCUCUGUUCGUUACAUUGAAAUGAUCCGAGGGGUGUUUUUGUCGUCUGGUUAUAAUGCAACUGAUAUAUGUGUUAUGUUAUGGUCACAUGAAUGAUUUAUAGGCUCAUAAAGGCAACUCCAUUGAAUGAGUCCGUGAUUGAAUUUUGAUUCUUGUGUCCCACUUAUGUGUAUUUAUUUUCUUUAGAUUCAAUUUUGAUAUUUUCUUUUGUUUAUACAAUUUCAAGAAAGGGACAAGAGUA